UCUCUUACGGCGACUGACCGAGCCGACGAGAAAUGUUAUACGAGUGUGGGUGCGAGUGUUCUAUGAGUCACUCGAUUUCAGUCUGCAACGCGUCGUCGACAGUCAGUCGCUAGAGUAAGACAUGGGCGAACCAGUUGUGACCGUGAAGCAGGGCCACCUUCGAGGCCUCGAGACCGAGAGUGUCGCCGGAGGAUCCUACCUCUCCUUUAAAGGCAUUCCCUACGCCGCGCCGCCGGUCGGCGAACUCAGAUUCAGGGAUCCACAACCAGCGGCGACAUGGACGGGAGUGCGAGAAGCCUUCAUAGAAGGGUCAAAGUGCGUUCAAUUGGACAUGUUUACCAAGACGAUACUUGGAGAUGACGAUUGUCUCUAUCUGAAUGUCGCCACGAAGUCUUUGACAGGAUCACGGCCAGUUAUGGUUUGGAUUCACGCGGGAGCGUUCGUCCUUGGUGACGGAGGAUUUGGGAUGUAUAGCCCCGAUUACUUGAUGGACUCGGGAAUCGUUUACGUGAGCAUCAAUUUCAGAGUUGGCGUACUAGGAUUCCUGAACCUCGACCACGAGGUGGCGCCUGGAAAUAUAGGUCUGAAAGAUCAGGUGGCAGCUUUAAAAUGGGUAAAGGAAAAUAUCGCCCAAUUUGGAGGCGACCCGAAUAACGUGACGGUAUUUGGAGGCAGUUCCGGUGGUGUCUCCGUGCACUACCUGCUUCUGUCACCACUGGCUAAAGGUCUUUUCCACAAAGGCAUCAUCCAAAGCGGGGUGGUGCUCAACCCAUGGGCGAGCGUAACGAAGACUGUGGAUACGGCGCGUCGUUUCGUCUCUACACUUGGAAGGGAUAUUAACGACCCCGAUGAGAUUGUCAAAUUCCUUCGCACUAUUCCAGCUCAUCGGCUAAUCGAAGUUCAGGAGAAUAUGCUCACUCCAGAGGAAAGAAUUAACCUUAUAUAUCCAUUUGGACCUGGCGUAGAUGCCAAGAGCGUCGAACCAUUCAUGCCAAGGCCCCUUGAGGAAACUGCUGCCGAGGGCUUUGAUGUGCCAGUCAUAAUUGGAUACAACAGUCACGAAGGAAUCCUCUUCUUAAUCGGACUUCAGGAUGAGGCGUACGCAAAACUCGAUGAAAACUUUGAAAUAGCAGUGCCCAGAAGCUUGGCGGCAAAGGCUCCGUCCAAGGUACCGGAAAUGGCGAAAGAAAUAAGAACGUUCUAUUUUGGAGACAAGCGUAUAACGAAGGAUCUCGUCGAUGAAUACGUCCAAUGCUGCGGCGACUUACACAUUGUUGCAGGCAUUCAGAAGGUAGUCGAGAUUCAGAUGGGGAAGAAGUCGCCGACGUACUUUUAUAGGUUUUCCUACAGUAGCCCAACAUCAUUAGCCAAGACCUUAUUCCAAGUUCAAAUGAAAGGUGCCAUGCAUGCUGAAGAACUUCAGUAUAUAUUUUUCGCCUCUCAGUUCCGCUAUUACAUAAAAAUGGAGCCUGGCUCGACUGAAGUCAUGCUUCGUGAUCGAUUCGUCAGAAUGUGGACAGACUUCGCCAAAACAGGAAAUCCUACGCCGGUAAUCGAUGAUCUAAUUACCAAGAAGUGGGAACCGAUUACUGAAAGAACCAAGAACUAUUUGGAAAUAGAUACAGAGUUUUCAACUGGAAUAAAUCCCAAUAAAGACAUGUGGCAGACAUGGAAACGCAUCGAAGCCAUCGCGUCUGAUUAGUAGCACCUCAAUCCUGAAAGUAUUUGCUGCAGGUGAUUACUGACAAGCGAGUUUAAACUCAUCGGAGUUCUCUAAGCUACCUAAACAGCAGCUAAGUAAUUUUGUAUAACUUACUGCAGAUUUGCUUGAAUAUUGUUCAUCUUAUUGUCAGAUAAAAAAUAUAUGAUUUUUGAUAUCACACCAUUGUGGGCUUUCAAGUUGUUAGGGUUUAAUAUUCGCUGAUGUAUUUUUAUAUCGCCAGUAUAUACUGUGUUGUCUAAGCUUAAGUUUUUGUAACAUGACUUAUUUCGUAAUAAAAAUGUUGGUAUCCCCGUC